AUGGAAUACAAUAUCACCGAUACAGAUUUCGUUCCUCAACCGGAGAACUGGGUGUUGAGUGUGAAGUGUGCUACUCUUGUAAUUAUCUUCUUUUUGACGCUCUCGUCGAACUUGUUCGUUUUGCACGCAGUGCUCUUGAGAAACCGACAGAAUCGGCCGCUGUCCAGAGUACAAUUGUUCAUGCUGCACUUGACAGUGGCUGACAUCCUCGUUGCGUUGCUGAACAUCCUGCCCCAACUCGCGUGGGACCUGACGAUACAGUUCAGAGGAGGUGCUGUGCUAUGUAAAUUGGUCAAGUUCGCCCAAGUUUACGUGCUCUACCUCAGCACGUACAUCUUGACCGGCAUGUCGUUGGAUCGACUGAUUACCAUGCGAGCCAUCGAGUCCCAAUGGCAGACGUUCGCCAAGAAGCUCAUUGUAUUCGCUUGGUUUCUCGCCGCGGCCUUGUCAAUCCCACAACUGUUCCUGUUCUCUUACACUCGGAUCCACGAUCACGGCAGUUGGUACGACUGUAAAGCCAACUUCUCGUGGCAUCGAUUCGGGCAACGUAUCUACACCACGUACUUUGUGGUUCUAAUCCUCGGUGUCCCUGUAGUAAUGAUGCUCUUCUGCUAUAUUCAAAUCUGCCUGAUCAUCGUGCGUAUUCAGAGGCACCACAUGACGAAGACCACGUCGGCCCCAGCGAAUUUCGGAGUCAAUACGGCCGGCUUCUUCGAAAGCAAUCGGCGCAUCACCAAGGCCAAAGUCCGGAUGGUAAAAAUGACCUUCACCGUGGUGUUGUGUUUUAUAGUCUGUUGGAGUCCGUACUCGAUCGCCGAGCUCCUGCUCGCCUAUAAAAUUGCGGGAGGAGAACACGUCAGUCCACCUUUCAUGGUUUUCCUGCUAUUAGCUUCUCUAAAUUCUGCUGUGAAUCCGUGGAUAUAUACAGCUUUCACCAACUCAUUCGCCUGCAAGUCUCUGCGGACUCUGAAACCCGAGGUGCAUCUGAUAACCGUUUGACGAGGGAAGUUCUCACGGAUCUAAGCGACAUUUUCCCCUCGAUGAGCUUCCGUGCAUCUCGUUAUAACUCAAGAACCCGCUACUUUGGUGUCCGGGCGUGAGUGGUGCCACGUCGU